GGCUUUCAUGUAUCCUGCAAUGAGGCCAUUCCAUGAUGAGGUGUCUCUAAUACUCAUUAAAUCAAAUAGGUGACGCACAUUAUUGAUCUCGCCAUAUUUAGCAUACAUAUUGAUCAAGGAGCUACCCACAUGGAGGUCCUACUCGAGACCCCACCUCAAGUACUGGGAGUAGACAGAUUAUCCAAAGGGUACAUAGCCGACAUCAGUGCAGCAUUUGAGCACAAAUGGGAAGGUGAAGUGGUUGGACAACAGGCCAACGAAGAGCAUUUUGUUGAAAAGCUUGAGGGUAUCCUCCGAUGUGCCAUAAAGAGAGUGGCCCCAAAUGAGGGCAUUGAAGAGGAGGGAGGAACGGUGAGGAGUAUGGCAGAGGAGGAGGAAGGCAACACGAAGAUUGCUGGAGCUGGAGUACAUGGCGGCGAUCCUCGCAGUGAGGACGGCAUCGGAUUGGAAGCCUCAGAGGGUGAUGUGGGCAUGGAGCUGGCAGCCGAGGUGGAGGAACUUGGGGUGCAGGUCCUGCAGCGUGGUGGAACCUGGGGGUUAGAGAGGCGACCCGUAGUAGUAGAUGUCACGGCGAGUGGAGCCGGAUAUUGCAUCGGCUGAGUUGAUUAAUACUGUUUGAUAAAAUCCAAAAGCUUCUCUGAUGGAUAUUGUUUCUGUCUUAUUCAGGCUGAUGGAUAUGGUACUCACUUUUCUAGAACAUAACAAUACACAGUUUGUGAUAUUCAUAAAACUAUGGAUGGUUGGAUUAUGUUGGUUUGUUUGGGCAG